UCCAACGCAACCAUCGUCGCCGAUAACGAUGAACCGAGGAUUAGGUCCCACUUCCGUUUUUUCCUCCAACUCACAUUGGGCGAUAUAGGCCUUGCAGUGUCACGUAUCCGCUGCGGAUCUGCAUCAUCAUUUCGAUUUUCUCCCUUACACCUGAAUACUAAUUGUGGGACUCGCUGCUUACGGCACGCAGGACAUGUCCGCCGGCUACUAGAAUUCAGCCGAAAGCCUCUUCAUCAUUCGCUUAGCGCCAAGAUGGCGCUACGGCGCGCUAGGUCGGCACGUCUCUGGCUUCUGGGAUUGACUUUUCUGGUUGGAGUCACGAACGGCCAAACCGAUGAUCCGCAAGGCGAGUCUAGGUGCGACUUCACCAACGGCAUCUGUGAGUCCUGGACUACUUCAGAGUGCUCGACCAAUGGCGGCUGCUUCAAAGCGGUCCAGGCUCGAAACACCACCGACGGACCAAUCAGAGAUCACACGAAAGGCACAGAGGACGGAUGGUACGUUGCGGCUGUGUUUCCGCCGGGCACGUGGACCGUCCAGAAACCUGCUGUCCUUCAGCGGAUAACCCCGGGUCCAUUCUGCUUCACCGGCUGGUACCACGUCUCGGGCCUUCGGUCCCCCGUGCUGACAUUCGCGGCGACUGCCCUGACGAGGCGAGGUGCCUCGUACUCGACCGAAGACACGGUGUUCCUAAAGGCGGACUUCUCUCAGACUCGGCUGUGGCAGAAGGUGGUCUACGAGGAGGACCGUAGCGGCAACGUAACGAUUUUCAUCAGUUCCUCGAAUGCCCUCAACAGCCUUGUCGGGCUGGAUGACCUGUCUAUUGUACCAGGAAAAUGCCCACCAGCCAAUCAUGAUGGAUCGUGCACUUUCGACUAUAAGGACCAAUGUGGCUAUACCAGUUCUAGCCCCAAGGGCUCGUGGCACCUCAAGACACGGUAUUUAAUUCCCCAAAAGGGCAUGGCCCUAGACGAUCACACAACCGGAACACCCGUUGGUGGCUAUAUGUAUCACAGAGUGGACGCCUACAAAACGACAUCUGCCGAGUUGACGUCGCCGCCGCUGGCCAAACCUGCGAAGCCGACGCGUUGCCUGAGGUUCUUCUACUACGCUGUCAGAGGUUCGAGUGGACUCGAGGUUUCGGUGGAGUUCCAGAGAGGUGUUUCGGGCCUCUCUAACAACUUCAGAAACCUCCGAAAUGUGUCUAAGCCAGUGUGGAGCAGAUACAGAACCAGCCUCGUACCGAAUCGAUGGUAUCCUGCGGAAUCUACUUUCUCUGUGGAAGAAAAUCAUUGGUUGAAUUUUCGCUGCUUCCUGGACACGCCCAUCAAGGUUUCAUUCUUCUGUGCCAUCGACGAUAUCGAAGUCUCUGAUUGCAGUGUCGAAGGACAGCAGUUUGGCUGCAACUUUGACAACGGAUCUAUGUGCGGCUGGGAGUCGAGCAGUGAGCCGGGGCUCAUCCGCUGGACCCUCAGUGACCUGGCCAGUGGACGGCCAUUGGCACUAAGAAAAGACCGAACCACUGGCUCGCCCCUAGGUGGCUUUGUAUAUGCCGAAAACAAGGCGCGGGAAGUUGCCAAGGCGAGACUCUCCAGUCCUCUCUUGGAUUCGAGCUGGAAUGAAGUUGCCUGCUUUUCAUUUUGGCACUAUACUGUGGUUAAGGAUAUCACGACCAGCGUUACAUUGAUGGUGACCUCUGCCUCUGGAGACGUUUUCUGGUCGAGUAACGGUGAACUGAAGAAGUCCUGGAGUCAUCAAGUGAUCUUGCUGCAACUUCAAGAUCUCAAAAAUGGGCCUCCCGAGAGAGUGUUCCUGGAUGCCUCGCUGAACAGCAGUUUGAUUGCUGUCGACGAUCUUGUCCUUAGCCUCGGUCACUGCCCUUCCUACCAGAAUGGACUGAGCUGCGAUUUUGAGCGUGGACCCUGCACUUGGACCAACACCUUGCGAACUAGAAACUCGGCUACAUGGAGGAUACAGAGUGGAUCUGUUCGCACAUCUCUUGCACAUCCACACUCGGACCACACCCGCAACAGCACAAAGGGGUCUUACAUGUUCCUGAGCGCCCUUGCCCGGGCUUACGGACAGAGAGCAGAGCUGGUCAGCGAGGUGGUGUCCUUUGGAUCGCCAGGCAGCCUGUGCAUGGACUUCUGGUUCAAUGUGGGUGGCUCCGGUCAUUCACAACUUCAGGUUCUCACAGCAGUGGACAGUACUGGCUUCAACGCUGUCUGGAGUUUCAAGGACGACACCGCAGGGCACUGGCUUCGCGGACAGAUGAAGGUCUCCCUAGGACACCGGGUUGGUAUCAUGCAACAUUUUUUUUCACUUUCUUGUUUUGUGUACUGUUGA